AUGGGAGGAGGUGAGGUGUGUCGAUGUGGGGAUGUGAGGGUGGGAAUGGGAGGAGGUGAGGUGUGUCGAUGUGGGGAUGUGAGGGUGGGAAUGGGAGGAGGUGAGGUGUGUCGAUGUGGGGAUGUGAGGGUGGGAAUGGGAGGAGGUGAGGUGUGGCGAUGUGAAGGGGGGAAUGAGAUGAGAGGAGGUGAGGACCCUGGCGUGUACCACAUGAGCAUCUUCCUAGCUUCUCACGUCUCUCGCCCCUACCUGCCACCGCCAAACAGUUUCAGCAUCCCCACCUGCGCUACCCCUCUCCUUCCCUCCCCCCCUCUCCUGCACUCCUGCAAGCUGGUGGACGAGGUGCGAGCUAGUGGACGAGGUGCGGGCAGUGAAGGGCGUGAGCAAGCGGUUGUGCCCGCUGCGUGUCUCUCUGGAUCGGGUCAUUCUCACCGCCACUGGCGUGCUGCUGGCUUGCUGGCAGUUGAAGCAUCAGUGGUGUUUGCAUGGAGUGCUUGCAUGCACAUGGUGUCGCCCUCACAGCUACACGCAUGCACUCGUGCCCAUGGCACUGGAACGUUCCAUUCGCACUGCCACUGCUGGCAUGGGCAGUGCAUGAAUGGUUCACGGGUGGUGCAUGGGAGAUGCAAGGCAUGCAUGAUGCACCAUGCUCGCAUAGCAUCGCACAUGCAAUUGUUGUUCACCUCUCCGCACCAGGUGGUGGAGGGCACGGAUCCAGCGGAGGUGACUUUUGAGUCGAUUCAGAAGCCACUUGGAUGCAGGACAACAUUCCACCUCUCCCCGCACCAGGUGGUGGAGGGCACGGAUCCAGCGGAGGUGACUUUUGAGUCGAUUCAGAAGCCACUUGGAUGCAGGACAACAUUCCACCUCUCCCCGCACCAGGUGGUGGAGGGCACGGAUCCAGCGGAGGUGACUUUUGAGUCGAUUCAGAAGCCACUUGGAUGCAGGACAACAUUCCACCUCUCCCCGCACCAGGUGGUGGAGGGCACGGAUCCAGCAGAGCUGAGGGACGAGCUCAAGGAGGCUCUGCCCCGCGCUCCCAAGCAGCAGCUGGUGGGUGCCCUCCUGCAUGAUGAAGGACUGGUGGGUGCCCUUAUGAACGCUCAAUAG